CUGAAUUAAAUUACAGUAAGGAGCAGGGUGCAGUAGAGGCCAGAGAAGGACUGUUGUCCUUAGUGGAUGGAGCCAGAGGAGUUACAAGUUGAACCUUGAGUGCCUGGGUCUGAGAGACUCCAGCAUGAAACGUCUAUGCUGUUUCCUAGGAUUUCUGCUUCUGGUUACAAGACUGCCACUGGAUACUGCUAAACAAUUUCACGAUAUGCUGAGCAAUGAAAGAACUGAUUAUAUGAGGGAGCAUAACCAAUUAAAUGGUUGGUCUUCAGAUGAAAAUGACUGGAAUGAAAAACUCUAUCCAGUGUGGAAGAGGGGAGACUCAAGGUGGAAAAACUCCUGGAAAGGAGGCCAUGUGCAGGCGGUUCUGACCAGUGAUUCACCAGCAUUGGUGGGCUCAACUAUAACGUUCGUGGUGAACUUGGUAUUCCCCAGAUGCCAAAAGGAAGAUGCCGACGGCAACAUAGUCUAUGAGAGGAACUGCAGAAAUGAUACUGUUCCUUCUCCUGAGCUGUAUGUUUACAACUGGACAGAGGACGGUGACUGGGGGAACAGCCCCAGCCGAGACCAUCGUGAUGUGUUCCCUGAUGGAAAGCCUUUCCCUCACAGCCCAGGAUGGAAGAAAUGGAACUUUGUCUACAUCUUUCACACACUUGGUCAGUAUUUCCAGAAAUUGGGACGGUGUUCAGCGAGAGUUUCUGUAGAUACAGCCAAUGUGACUCUUGGCCCUCAACUCAUGGAAGUAACUGUCUAUAGAAGACAGAAACGGGCCUAUGUUCCCAUUGCAAGAGUGGAAGACAUGUAUGUGGUAACAGAUCAGAUUCUUCUAUUUGUGACUAUGUCCCAGAAGAAUGAUCGAAAUUCAUCUGAUGAAAUCUUCCUCAAGGACAUCCCCAUUAUAUUUAAUGUCCUGAUUCAUGAUCCCAGUCACUUCCUCAAUCAGUCUGCCAUUUACUACAAGUGGAACUUCGGGGAUAAUACUGGCCUCUUAGUUUCCAACAAGCCCACUUUGAAUCACACAUAUGUGCUCAAUGGAACCUUCAGCCUUAACCUUACUGUGCAAGCUGUGGUGCCUGGACCCUGUGCUUUGCCUACACCCAGUCCUCCAAAUGCCACCCUUCCUUUACUACCUGCUGCUGAUACUGCCCUGGAGCUGAGGGAUGUUCUCGAUGAAAACUGCCAGAUUAACAGAUAUGGUUACUUUAAAGCCACCAUCACAAUUGUAGAGGGAAUUCCAGAGGUUAACAUCAUCCAGGUGAGAGAUGUUCUGGUGCCCGUGCCACAGCCUGGAGACUCCCUGAUGGAUUUUGUCAUCACCUGCCAAGGGAUCACUCCCACGGAGGUCUGUACUGUAAUCUCCGACCCCACCUGCCGGAUCACCCAGAAUACAGUGUGCGACCCCAUGGACGUGGACUUCGGUGACAUGUGCUUCCUGACCGUGAGGAGGGCCUUUGGCGGGUCUGGGACAUACUGUGUGAACCUCACACUGGGUGAUGGAACAAGUCUGGCUCUCACGAGCACCCUUGUCUCUGUUUCUGGCAGAGACCCAGCCUCCCUUUUACGAGUGGCAUAUGGUGCCCUGGCCUCCACUGGCUGCCUGACCGUGUUUGUCACUGUGAUUGCCCUUUUGGUGUACAGAAAACACAAGGAAUACAAACCAAUAGAAAACAGAACUGGGAUCAUGGACAAAGGCAAAAAAAGCCCGAGUGUUUUCUUCGACCACACAAAGGCCACGUCCUUCCUGGGAAACCAGGAAAAAAAUCCACUGCUCAAGGACCAACCAGGAAUUCUUUAGAUCUUCAGCCUUAUUUCUGACCAACAAUUUCAGUGCCCUUUGUGUAAGCUGUGCUGGAGUUGGUGACUAUUAACUUUUUUCCUUAAAGAUUGUGGUAAAAUGUAAAUUGUGGUUUAGGGAAGUCCAAUCUUCUUUAGUAGGUUAAAAGACAUUUUAGAGAAGUGGAGAGGAAUUAUACUGCAUGCAGCCUCAGCCAUGUUAUAUAAUUGAUAAACUCAGUUAGUAGUGCUUUUUCUCAGUAUGAUUUAUGUUUUGCUUAUUAUGUCUUAGGUGAUUAGUAGGCUAGACAUACUGUGUCCAAAGAGUAGGAAGAGGGUAUUACUCAUUAGAGUCUAGCCAAGGUUACCUGGAAGGAGAAGCUGACACUAUCUAGCUUUCCAUAUGACCAUACACUUAAAACUAAUGUAUUCCUGUCCUUAAACUUGAGUUCCAAGUUACUUGAUCCUAUUCGAUGAACAUGCAUGAGCUCCUGAAAAACAGUAACAGGCCAAGCCUUUAGUAUGAUGUGCAUGCCUGUUACACUGAAAAAGAAAAUUUAAAAAACUAACAAACUAGUGUGAAUAUUUUCAUGAUAACCUGCCCUGCCAGGCUGUGCAAGGAAUGGUACUCGUUCAUUUAUCCCAUGGACAUUUGUUUAGCACUUUCUGUGUAGCAGGCAUGUUGCUAGGUACACAGCCCUAAACUCAGAAUGUUGGCACUCUUGUGUAUGUAUCUGAAUUUCUGUACACUCUGGUGCACAUAUUUGAAAUUAGAUAUUAUGAUUUUCCAAAGGAGGCCCCUGGUUUUUCUACUCAUUUCUCCAUUUAAAUGAUAGCGAAACUUGAUCAGUAAGGGUUUUACCUCCAUUUGUAAGUAAAACUACCAUAUAUCAGACAUGACAUUCUUUUUCUCUGGUUCCUGAAAAAUAAAAAUGUGAAAAAAGACAUGAUCUUGGAACUGUAAUUAUUUUUCUAAUUUCUUGCUUGCCUUUCAAACUCAUUUAUAAUUUGACCCAUAAAAAAUGGUUUAAUGCUGUGUAAUGGGGCACUGAUAAUUUCCUAGCAUUUUAUAGUUUUAAAUAUAUGUAACAGUAUGUGAAAUUUCAAUAAAUUUAAUAAAUAAAUGUUUAUAAUCAGA